AUGGCGAGCGACGAGGACUACAUGGCCUUCCUCAACAAGGCGAACCAGGAUGCGGACGAGGGGAGGGCAGCAGCGCAAAGCUCGCGGGGAGCGGGGCAACAGAGGACGUUUAAGACUGCGGAUGAGGGGAGCGAGCUGCCGAAGAGCAUUGCUGAGGUUAUACGCGAUGCGUUUUACGUGAGUGAAGCGGAUGAGCCGUUUAAGGGGGUGUCGUUGAAGUGGAAGGGCGAGGGAGGGUUGCCGGAUGAAGUUGAAUUCGCAAAGCUUAUCAACCAUUGGGACGCCGAGAACGCGCAAAUCGACAUCAUGGACCCGGUCGACUGGGACUCGCAGGGAGAAUACGGCAAUGUCAUCGAUGCUGUGAGAGAGGCGACAAAGGGAAACGAUGUGAGAGUUUAUAGGGUUGCGAGGGAUCUAACGAGGGCGGAAUACUUUGUUAUUUCGCGCGAUGACGAGGGUGGGAGGAUUGUGGGAGUGAAGGCGCUGGGAAUUGAGUCGUGA